AUGGCUGUCACUGGGGAAGUUGUGAAGGAACUGCAGAGUGAGAUCACCUGUAGCAUCUGCAGGAGCUACUUCUGUGAGCCUGCCACUAUCGGGUGUGGGCACAGUUUUUGUCAAGCUUGUCUCUCCUCCAGCUGGAGAGUUGGAGCCCCAGUUUUCUCCUGUCCUGAAUGCAGGCAAGUUUCCCAGGGCAGAGAGAUCCCAUUAGUGAACAGGCGCCUAGCAGAGUUGACUCGGCUGACCAAAGAGCUCAGCUCCAAGCUUAUGCAGAGCACUGAAGGACAGAGCCAGUGUGUCACUCACAAGAAACCCUUCAAGCUCUUCUGUGAGGAGGACCAGACCGCACUGUGUGUGACAUGUUGUGAAACUCCAGAGCAUGGGGCUCACAACAUCUCCCCCUUACAAGAGGCUGCUCACAAAUACAGGAGGGAGCUCCAGAACAUUCAGAGUCAUGUGGGGAAACAUUUGAAGGAAGAUGAGGAACUUCUUGUUCAGGAGGAGAAACAUGCUAUGCACUGGUACUGGAUGAUCAUAGAACAAUACUGCCAAACCCACUUCUUCUUGAUGGAGAAAGAAUCUCAAUUUCUUGAAAGCCUGAAGGAAGAGGAGAAGGCCAGCCAGAACAGAGUAUCCCAGCAUAUGCAAAGGCUACAGGAUCUCAUACAAGAGCUGAAGGAAGCAGGACACCAAGCCAAUCUGGAUCUGCUGCAGGAUGCCAACCAACUGUUGGAGAGGAGCAAGGCUCUGUUGGCCCAAAGGGUCAAGCCUGUCACCCCAGAACUGAGAGAAUAUCCCAUCCCUGGCCUGAUCGAGAUGCUCAACAGAUUCAGAGUGGACCUGACUUUGGAUCCUAGAUCAGCCACUUCCUAUGUGAUCAUUUCUGAGAAUCUCAAGAGUGCCAAGGCUGGAGCAGGCUGGCAGUUGGAAAGGAAGAGUCCUAAAGAUUAUGCUCAUCGUUAUGUCUUUGCUGAGCAGGCCUUCAGCUCAGGCAAGAAGUACUGGGAGGUGGAUGUGACUCAACUUCCUCAAUGGAUCCUGGGGAUCUAUACCCGCUAUUUGAGGAGGAAAAGGGUCAGGAAUGAGGACUCCUGUGCUUCUGUAUUCCUACUUCAGUGUGUCAAGAAAAAAGAAUAUUACUAUUUACAAACAUAUCCUGGGGCAUUGGACAAUCAGAUGAAAGGCCCUCUACCUCGGGUUGGGGUGUAUUUGGAAUAUUCCUCUGGCACUCUGGGCUUUUAUAAUGUUCUACAGAGUUCUGUUAUUUAUAAAUUUCACUCUAUUCCCUUCACAGCCCCUGUCAAGCCCAUCUUUUCCCCCGGCCCCCCACUUCCAGGAACAAAACCUGGUCCCAUGACGGUCUGUCCAGUGGACUCUCAUUUUUGUGCUUGCUGCCAUUUCUCUCAAUGA